AUGUUCGGCACAUCUGCGACUCCAGAGAAAGCUGUUUCGCCCAGCGGCAACGAAAUUUUGUCUCGCGCGGCGCACGCACUUGCAGCCCAAGAUGUUGUGCGAGAAUUGGGCUCGGACGAAAAGAGCGGCCUGACCGAAGAAGAAGCGGCCGAGCGUCUGAGCAAGUUCGGACCAAAUGAAUUCGGCGAAGAAAAGGCCAUUCAGCCACUAAAGAUUCUCAUCGGCCAGCUUUUCAAUGCCAUGACUGUUGUUCUCGCAUUAGCUCUAGCCGCGAGCUUCGCAAUUCGGGCCUGGGUCGAAGGUGGAGUCCUAGCGGCACUUAUCCUCAUCGACAUCGUCAUCGGGUUCUUUCAAGACCUACAAGCUGCCCGAAUUGUUGCCUCGUUGGAAUCUUUACAUUCACCGACCGCCCAUAUACGGCGAAGUGGCCUGUAUGAGACCCGAGAAGCAACUACGAUCGUGCCGGGAGAUAUCAUCGAGUUUAAGACCGGGGACAAGAUUCCAGCGGAUGCCCGUUUGGUUGACUCCGUUGUUCUGGAGACGGACGAGGCCUUACUCACUGGUGAAAGCUUGCCGGUUCCGAAGAACCACUCUGCCAUAUUGAACGACCCGAACAUUUCUCCUGGAGAUCGAAUGAAUGUUGUGUUCUCUUCUACAGUCGUGACGAAAGGCCGCGGACGUGCGGUCGUAUUUGCGACAGGCUGUUUCACCGAGAUUGGCCUCAUAGCAGCCGCACUUAGGAUGAACCAAGUUGAAAGCCACGAGGAUGAGCUCAGGCCAGGUUAUGGUAAUAAAGCACACCUUUUCGCACAUGCGAAGAGGAGUUUAUUCAAGGUCUGGAGAGCCAUCGGGAAAUUUCUAGGGCUGACAGUUGGUACGCCCCUACAACGUCAGCUUUCGAAGCUCUUUCUCUAUGUUUUCGCAUUCGCGAUUAUAUGUGCCAUUAUUGUGCUCGCCGCAAACAAGUUCGAUGGUCGCAGCGAUGUCAUUAUAUACGCGAUUGCUGUUGCCGUUGGAACCCUCCCGGCGACAUUAGUCCUCGUUUUGACGGUCACCAUGGCCGUUGGAACCCGGGUAAUGAUGCAAAGACAUGUGGCUGUACGAAACAUGCGAUCUCUAGAGGCCCUUGGAGGGGUUACCAACAUCUGCUCGGACAAGACUGGGACUCUGACUCAGGGUAGAAUGGUGACCAAAUCUGCAUGGCUUCCCGGCCAUGGCACCUACUUUGUUGACUCGGGCGACCAGCCCUACAACCCCGACUUGGGCCAAGUAAAGUUAGCUGCAGGCCAGCCGUCAGACCACAACGAUCCAGCAGACUUUUGCCUGACAGAGAAAUCACAGUCUGGUGGACUCUAUCAUUUCCUCAAUAUCGCAGCCUUGGCAAACAAUGCAAGCCUGGAACAGUCGGACGAGGAUACUAUGGAGUCUUGGAAAGCGAAAGGUGAUCCGACAGAAAUAGCUAUCUUGGUCUUUGCAUUUCGAUUCGGGCAUCGCAACAAUUCCGCUCUUCCCAUGCUCGAGUGGGAGAAGAUUGCAGAAUUUCCGUUCGACUCGACUGUCAAACUCAUGUCCGUUGUUUGCAAGUAUCGAGACUCUGGCGAGCUGCAGCUUUUUACCAAGGGUGCUACAGAACGAGUCGUGGAGCGCUGUUCUACGAUAUCCAGGGAUGAUGACCGAACCGAGGACAUGAACGGCAAAACGAAGCUGGCCAUCAUGUCGAAUGCGAAGGCUCUUGCACAACAGGGUCUGCGGGUGCUGGCCCUGGCAAGUAAGCCUGUGCCAUCGUGGUCGCAAGACGACCCCGAGAAACCCGCUCUUCCGCGGGAUCGUGUCGAGUGUGGCCUCAUAUUUCGCGGCUUGAUAGGCAUUUACGACCCCCCUAGACCUGAAUCGAAGCCUAGCGUGGUAAAGUGCCACCGAGCUGGCAUUCAGGUGCACAUGCUUACAGGCGACCACAUCGACACAGCGAGUGCUAUCGCCACAGAAGUCGGCAUUCUCCCCCACCGGCUGGACGUCCUUUCCGCAGACGCAGCUCGCACAACCGUUAUGGCGGCUCAGGACUUUGAUAAGCUGUCUGACGAGAAUGUUGACAAACUGGCUGAGCUUCCAUUGGUAGUGGCAAGAUGCACCCCUAAGACAAAGGUGCGCAUGGUGGAUGCUUUACACCGACGUGGUCGCUACGUUGCGAUGACUGGCGAUGGUGUCAAUGACAGCCCUAGCCUACAGCGGUCCGAUAUUGGCAUCGCCAUGGGCCUCAACGGAAGCGACGUUGCAAAAUCUGCCUCAGAUAUUAUUCUCAUGGACGACAACUUCGCUAGUAUUCUGAAUGCUGUGGAAGAAGGACGAAGGAUCUUCGAUAAUGUCCAGAAGUUCAUGCUCCACGUAUUGGCGGCGAAUGUUGGGCUCGUCAUCACGCUGUUAGUUGGUCUAGCAUUCAGAGAUGGAGACGACCUAUCGGUUUUCCCACUUUCGCCCGUCGAAAUUUUGUUUAUGAUGCUCGUGGCAGGUGCAUUCACGGAAAACGGCCUUGGAUUCGAAGCUGCAUCACCCGAUAUACUCAGGAGACCACCUCAAAAUCUCAAACACGGCAUGCUGCCCCCCGAGUUCUUGGCUGAUCUCGCCGUGUAUGGGCUUGUCAUGGCUGUGUGCCUACUUGGCUCUUUCGUCAUCGUUUUGUAUGGCCUUUAUGGCGGCCAACUAGGUGACGACUGCAACAUCGAGUAUUCACAGCAGUGUGACGCCGCCUUCCGUGCUCGGUCGACCUGCUACGUUAUUAUGAUGUGGAUCUUCCUCUUCUUUGCAUGGGAGCUGAUUGACAACAGGCGCUCGUUCUUCUAUGGAGUCGUGAAGGACAAUAAGGCCUGGAGGCAAAGGCUCACCAAUAACAAGCCGCUGUUCUGGUCAGUUGUCAUUGGCUUCAUCGUCGUAUUUCCCACAAUCUACAUACCUGGUCUCAACCACGAUGCUUUUUUGCAUGGGGCAAUCGACAAAGAAUGGGGCAUUGUUUUCGCGCUACUAUUUUUCUUUCUUUGCUCUUGCGAGGUUUGGAAAUGGCAGAAAAGGGUUUUUUUGAGGCGAAGACAUCUGCUGGCGAAGACCGAGGAGGAAGUUGCGGACCGUGACGUGGAGCAGUGA